AAGACUUCUAUGUAGAUAUAGUGAGAAGAAGAGAAGAAUGAGUAAUACACUUAGAUAUUCUUCUUUUUCAGAAGUCACUCAAAACUAAGCUCAUGUGUUUUAACCUCUGAAUAAUUUUAUCUAGUAUUUCAGUUCUUCUAGCACAUCUGCAAAGGAAACGUAUGGUGAUGAUGUCGUAGAUUCUGCCCAACGUAAAUGAAGCGGUAAAAUCUGCUCAAUAAAAUAUAAAAUAUGUCCCAAACGUAAGGUCAAAGCUGUCAAACAGAGUUUUUGAAUGUCAGAAGUACUUCAAGGAGUAUUUAAUAAUUUUACAUAAAAACCAUUAACUCCACCUCAUCUCACUGAAGAAUACACCAUGAGUCAGGCAAAGUCUAAACGGAGGAAAUCUAAUGAAGAAUCAUCUGUAAGCCGACAGACUGGUGUCAACACUGAUGCUGUGUUCAUGCAGCUCGAUAUAAGACAAUUUUGCCCGAAAAUAAUCUACGAUAUAGUGUUCAUUCAGCCCGUUGACAAAGAAUCAGAUGACAUUCUGAAAAAUAUAGUGAAGACAGCUAGAGAAUAUGAGGAUACGUCAAGCUUAACUUUUAUAACUGCCGAAGAAAUACUGGAUCUGGUAGAGAACUACGCUUUGGAAGCGUUUCCCUCAUCUUUGUCCCAUAUUCCCGAAAUUGUCUACAAUGCAGCUGCUAAAUCCAUAGGUAACGGGGCACCGUUGCACCCAUCUUUACAGGCGCAGCUGGUGAAGUUGAAGCUGAUACAAGUCAUGCAUAAACAGUAUUUAAAAGAGCUUGACAAAUUGAAUAAGAGGAAAGCACUGGAGGAUGAACUCAGUGGUCUGACUAAAGAAAUGAGGAAAGGUAAAAAAGAGAAAGGUGGUCCUGGUACAAAAUCCGGUGCUUCAUCUAAAGCUAAAGAUAGGGACAGUAAAGGCAAUCAAGAUGAAAAAGGUUCAAAAGUAGAAGGCCUCUACACAACCAUUUCAGAAAAUGAUAUCAUUUUUGAUGACAAUAUUUUCAACCAUGUAUGGUAUUACGUCAUCCAAGGUGUAACAAAUCCAGACAUCGUUCUAUACUUGAACAAAAAGUACCGUGUUGCCACCAGUGCCGUACUCAAAUUUGGCAUCGGUUCAAUACACGCAAGUGGGCAGCUUUACGAAGGCUUCUGGAAAAAAAUGAAUUCUUUUUUUUAUGGGCCGCACAGGGAAGACUCUUUCGAAAAUACUAUCCUCAUGAAACACGUCACGGAAGAAUCAGAUGGUAAAGCGAUACUAGAAGAGAUUCUAUAUGUUAUCAAGAAGAUAUCUGAUCUCAAGCUAAAUCACUUGAACUAUAUUCGUCACGUAAAGUUGCAUGAGCAGCGACAUAGAUACAGAAUCCUCCCCAUGCACUGUUUUCAAAGAUACAACGCCAUGCUGAAACGUAUAUCGUACGAUCUUGUAACCGAACCAGUGAUUUUGAAUUGUAUCCUGGACGAAAUACAAUACCAAAAUGAGCAUAACCUGUUAGAAGAUGAUUCUACCGAAGAGCUGUUGAAGCCACGCAUCGAUGUUGAAAUAGAGUGUCACAACCCAUGUGAUAAUAAAGAAAUCCUUAAGCGUCAUAAGACAGCUCCAAGAGUCGAAAUGCCAAAGCAACUGUUCAAAUCGUUUUAUUCCUAUGAGGGCGAUAUGAUCGACAUAAUUGCCAAUACCUACAGAAAGCGAGGUAGAGUAGUCGUGCAAAUUUUAGACGACAUCUUGAGAAAGUCCGAACCAAUGAGGUUAGUGUCAAACUAUGAAAACGAUUGCAGUGAUAUACCUCACAGACACGAUGUUAAUCCUGCAGCCAAGCACAGCUUGAAAAAUCCCGAGGGAUACAUGCAUUUUAUGUAUCUGUUACUAUUUAGCUUGUUCAAAAGUGAUUCUCCAGAAGCCAGCUUCGAGGAUACUGUUUUGACAGAAAUUUUGCAGACGUUUACUAAAUCAGAUUAUUGGAAAACAUCACAGAUUGAAAUUGUAGCGGACAGUGAGGGGGAAGAAUCAAAUUGCGAUGUAAAUCUCUUUGAUCCAAUUCGUAUGCAAUACAUCUGGAGAGAGCGACUACCAUCCAGCUGUCUCAUAAGGUCCGUAUACAACGCCAUGAACGAAUUCACCUAUAUGCACAAGACGUUUUGUGAAGAGACUGACGUUCUUCUAGUACGUUUUACUGACCACCUUGACCAGUUUGGUGUCAAUGUAAAGGUGUACCAGGUUCACAUCAGAACUCCGGUUUGCUUCAGAGACUUUUGCCGAUACGUUACUGUGGAAGAGGCAGAUUGGUUGCAAAGUAACAAACCUCCAAGGUAUGUAAGACCAAAUGAGGUACAAGAAAUAUGCCAAGGUAAAAAGGCUAUAAUCAAGAAAGACGUUUUUAAAGAGUAUAGACACCUAUUGGAUACGAAUAUUCAGCUGGAGAGUGAACCUGAUGAAAUAGAAGUUGAAAGAAAACCAUCAGUGUCUUUCCAGGAGACUUUGGAAGAACUGCAGACAUAUCCCACCAACAAAGGUUUAAUCGAGCAGUGCAACAAGUUGGGUCCCCAAUUUUUGGCUUACCCUAUGGAUACCAAUCAUUUCCGAUUGCGCGGAAACAGAACCACAUUUGUUAGUCAUGACGGGUUCAAAAUUGUAGUGGAUAAUACCAGCAUCUUAACUGAAGACCCGAAAUGUACUGUUACUCUAACAUGCAGGGACAACCAACUAGUACUACAUUCGAGUAACAUAUAUUCAAAAAAAGAUUACAAGAAUUAUACAUUCCACUGGAAUUUGAGUGACGGCACGAUUGUAAUGUUCGUUUUGAAUCCUCCUAAACCAAAGCGUAAGCUUGCGCCCGAUACUCCUGAAAUUCGACUACAAUCCGGUCUUCCAGAAAUCUUCCAAGAAGAGAGUGAAAAGAGGAACAGUAGCAUUAGAAACUCAGAUGCCUCGGACAGAAGAGAAAGUUUUUUAGCUGAACAAGAAAGGGGCAGUUUAUUAGGUGGCUCCGCGAAGAUGAGUUCGAUGCCUAAAAUUUUAGCUGUAGAUAAAGACUGGUUCGCGAAAGUGGUAACCAACGAAGAGGAUGUAACUGUGCAGACUGCUGAACCUGAAGAUAUAGCUUCAAAACUGCAAGACGCUUUGGACAACGAACGCCAGGUGUACAAAAUCCAGAACAAACUGAACUAUCUAAAACGAAAAUGUUCAAAGACUGAGAUACCAAUCACCAGCAUUUUCAACCAAAUACUACACAAGCGUAUAAAAAGAUUCUAUGGGAAUGAACUUUUCGCACGAAGAUUCGACUACUCUGAUGCAGAAGGAAAGUCUUUGGAAGUAAAUAGCAGUGUGGAUUUCCGAAUCACUCUGCCCAAUGGAUUGUACAUUACGUGUUAUCCAUCUCAGAUAAGAGAAGAUCUAUGCGAAGUGAAACAGGAGUAUCUCGAAAAGGGAGUUGACCAAAGUGGUAUCAUGCACGAGGAGUUCCGACUCUUCGCAAGAGGAGGAUUUGUACUGAUAAAGAAAGUAGAUGGAUCAAUAACUAUCCUAAAGUCCAAUGGCGAUACAGUUGAAUAUGAUAAACCUGACAGUGAGAUUGAAGACGUUGUCAAAUCGAAUCUUCGAAAAUGCCAUUGCAAAACAGUUGCUGAUUACAGGAAAAAACUAGCUAUGAUCUUGAAAGGUACGACAAACCAGGGAGAAUGCUAUAUUAGUAGAAGAGCUUACAUGCGUAUCAAAAAGGGAUACGUUAUAAGCGACGAGGUUGCUAACAUGUUAAAGAAUUCGAAAAUCCCAUAUCUAAAGUCGUCUUCCAUCAAGUUCGAUGGGAAGUACAUAUGCUUGCAGAAAAAUAAGAUUACUGAGAAGCAGUUGUUCUAUACGACACAACAGAAAGACUGUUUCACCGAUGAAGUGUUUUACGAAAGAACUGAUGGAUUUGAAGCAAUGUUUGAUAAAACUGGAAGGUUACAGGUAAAAUAUGCAGACAAAACAAAAAUAACCAGUUCUGUACACGUAUCGAAAGAUCUGUAUGACGGAUAUGUAUAUGUGUCACUAGACUUCAAGUUCGAGCAUCCCCAAUAUGCAACUGUCAGCUAUAAUGCGAACAACAACGUUGAUAUCCGACUCAACAAUGACGUGGUGCUCACCAAAAAUCCCACAGAUAGCUUAUCGUUGUCAAUAGGAGAAGAUAUUGCGACAGCGAUGGAUAACAAGAAAGUCAAAUUCACUAAACGUUGCGUCAGAUGCAUGGCCGAAUCCAAUGCCAACUUUAACAUAUCCCCAUUCUUCACCAAUAAAUUGAAGUUCUCAGAUGAAUUUCUACGCGCUGAAGAUUCCUAUAACAAGAUGUUCUAUGCAACCUUCUCGGGGAGUUGCAAGAGAAAUGCGAGUUUCAUUAGUGGUCCAUUUAACUGUAACAAGUGCAAUCACUACGUAAAUAAUAAUUACGAGAAAUUAUUUGUUAUCAAUAGGAAUUAUGUGGGAGACUGCCUAUGGAACGAGAAUAUGAUCCGUUUGAGAGACGAGGAAUCAAAAAAAAAUUGUGUGAUAAAAGAUCUGUUAGACCUAACAGGCGAUCGCGGCAGAAAACUGAAAUACGAAACUAACCAUUGCAACAGUAUUGAUCGCAGAUUUUUGAACAACAAGUUAUUGGAUGAACAGUUUUGUUUGACAAAGUAUAAAGGAGAUGCUGAAGAAGUCAGCCCAGUAUGUUACACAACAGUCACGGAAUUGCAGCAAAUGUUGGAUCCAAUUGAAGUUGAUCUUCUUUUGAAAGAAAUACUGAACAGUUGCACCGGUUGUGAAUUAGCUGGAUUGAGCGAUGUUGCAAAGUAUGAACUUACCCAGAUGAACCUGAUUUCAAAAUACGAAGAACCUCGUAGAGAGACUAUUAUAGAAGAAGAUCCGUUAUGUAGAUGCACGAAAAAUAUAAGAACUAUGAAACAGAAAACUGAAGACUGGCGAAACGAGUGUGUCAAGUACAGAGCGUUGAUACGGAGGCGGAAGUUUCCAAACUACUUUUCCUCGCAGUUUUGUAAAAUUUUCAAAACUCGGAUAUAACAGCGCAUGGUUGUGUGGAAGGUUACAUGUUAUCAAAAACGAUUUGCUUUUUUCAAAUCCAAAACCGCUAUAUGUGAGCUACGAGUGGGUAAAAAUAUAAAACGAAAUGAC